AUGGCAGCGGAUGACGACGACAAUCGCUCUCAGAAGCGUAGUCACUCCGAGUUUCGCGACGAUGCAUCAGACAGCUCCUCCGACGAUGACAUGGGCCCUCAGCUGCCUUCGGAAGCCCCAAAGAAGAAGCGACGAGUCCUCCCUCACGAAAAGCUCUACGUCGCUGCCCUGCCCAAGUCUACGCGAUACUCCAAGUCCCUGAUGCACAAGGAGCAGAUCCUCUUUGCGACAUGGACGCCCCUGACCGAGUUCCUCAUCACAUCCUCUGUGGACGGCGUCGUCAAGUUUUGGAAGAAGAUCGCCCAGGGAAUAGAGUUCGUCAAGGAGUUCAAGGCGCACAAUGGCGAGAUCGUGUCGGUUUCUGUGAGCAAGGAUGGACGGAGCUUUGCGACUGCUGGCGCCGACGAGACGAUCAAGAUCUUUGAUGUGAUCACCUUUGACCUCCUGUCCAUGAUUUCACUCAACUACACACCAAACUGUGUCUGCUGGGUUCACUCCAAGGGCGCCUCGUUGCCACUGCUUGCUGUUUCCGAGCAAGCGAAGCCCCUGAUACACAUUUACGACGGAAGAGGAGAAAAGGAGGAGGCCAUUCACACCAUCAAGGGCUUGCACAGGAAGCCGGUCCAUCUGAUGACGUUCAAUGAGCAAUACGACUGCGUCGUUUCCGCCGACGAGGGUGGAAUGCUGGAGUACUGGCGGCCGAGUGGCAAUUAUGAAAAGCCUGAAGGGGUCUUUGAGUACAAGAGCUCGACCAACCUGUUUGAUUUCAAAAAGGCAAAGUCCGUACCUUCAUGCCUCUCCAUAUCUCCCAACGGCAAAUAUCUCGCCACAUUUUCCUUGCCGGACCGAAAAAUUCGCAUCUUCGACUUUGCGACAGCCAAGCUGCAUCGAGAGUACGACGAAUCCCUUCAGGCCACCGAGGAGAUGCACCGAGCGGGCACAGGGGCAAACAAGCUGGAUAACGUCGAGUUUGGCCGAAGGACCGCCCAUGAGAGGGACAUCGAGUCGCAAACGCUCAAGUACAAGUCUAAUGUCAUCUUUGAUGAGUCGGGCAACUUUAUCAUCUAUGGCUCCAUGCUGGGGAUCAAGGUCCUCAACACAUAUACCAACCAAGUGGUCAAGGUGUACGGAAAGGACGAAAACUUCCGUGCCGUUAACCUAGCCAUCUACCAAGGUCAACCUCAGAAGAAGGGGGUUACAACUGUGGAGAUGGGUGCUUCUAGCAACCCGCUGCUCCAAGAGUCCGAAACCCGAGAUCCAAUCCUGGUGGCAACGGGUGUUGGCAAGGUCCGAUUCUACAUGUUCAACAAUGAAGAAGAUGUUUCCAAGUCAACGCGAGACGUUCAGAACGAGCGACCCACGAUGCUGGGCCAGAAGAAGGACUCACAGGUUAAAAAGGCCGAGACGGGCACAGGAGCUGUGAUCCAUACCACGUAUGGAGACAUUCACAUCCGGCUGUUCCCCGACGCAGCACCAAAGACGGUCGAAAACUUUGUCACACAUUGCAAGAGCGGCUACUACAACAGCACCAUCUUCCACCGUGUCAUCCGCAAGUUCAUGAUCCAGGGCGGAGACCCGUUGGGUGACGGAACAGGAGGCGAGAGUAUCUGGGGACGCGAGUUUGAGGACGAAUUCAGCAGUCUGAAGCACGACAAGCCGUACACGGUGAGCAUGGCCAAUGCAGGACCCAAUACCAACGCCAGUCAGUUCUUUAUCACAACAGAAAAGACGCCCUGGCUGGACGGCAAGCACACCAUCUUUGGGCGCGCAACACAAGGAUUUGAUGUUAUCCACAAGAUUGAGAAUGUGCGGACGCACAAGGAGAAGCCGGAGGAGGAUAUUAAAGUCCUCAACAUUGACAUUAUAUAG